UCAGGGGAUAAGCUGUUAGCAACUGCUAACAAGAAACCUUGGAUUAACUUUGUUGAAAGAGUCGAGUUCAUCAGUGGUGAGCUUGACCUCCUCUAUCAUCAAAGAUUCAUCAUAGAUUUUCCUACCUUUUUCUCAUUUUUAACUCCAUUUUUGAGCAACGCAAUAGGCGAUCUCCUUGUCCAGAUUACUGUUUUAUCUUGGAUAACUACUUUCUAGCCUGUUGGGUUAUGUCGUAUAUUCGGUCUUUGUUCAAGGGAUAUCCAUUUCAUCCUUUAACUUAUCCAUCCUUUAUGUCCCGACCCCGCUCACAUGUCUUCAGAAAAUCUUCAUGGACAACACCAUGGCCAACAUGCCAGUCGAAUCGGCUUCUGCCAUUGUCCAAGACCUUAAUGAGCCACCACCACUGAAACGCAAACCUGGUCGACCCAAAGGAAGCGGAAAGAAACAGCCUCCAGAUCCUGCCAUCAUCAGCGAAAAGAUCAAGCGUCCGGUGGGUCGCCCUCGUAAAGAUGGCUUGCCUGCCGGAUCUGUCGGCGCUCGGAAAGCAAAUCAUCAACGGAGAUCGAGUGCAAAACUAAGUGCGGAUGCGCCACAGCUUCCGCCUGGUGUGCCAUUCCCUGGGGCAUAUUAUCCUCAACACCCCGGCAUCCCACCACCAUGGCAAGGAUUCACCCCUCAAGCCCCACAAACCUCACCUCCCAUCACGAAUGGCAGUACAAUCACGAACGUUCAACAUCCUUCCAUAGAUCCGAACCUCAAUCGCGACGAGUGGGCGGAACUUUCACGUACGAAGCCCAAUGUGCUUAUGCAGGCUCUGUUGGGAGCUAUCGCUGCACCUAAUCCUAUGGCCAGCGGAGGACCUACUGUUGAAGAGGCUUUCAGGUCCCACCUCGCUUCACUCAUGCCAUCUCAAAAUCAGAACAAAGAUGCGCAUCCUAUUCCAUCUCUUUAUUCGGUUCUUAGGACUUUGUGGCUUCCCUCCUCCCCAUCUUAUCUAUCUUUGAUUGCACCUCGGACAACCGCCCGUGUCACGCACUCCGAGCACCGUUUCUUAUACUGGGAUCCGCUACCUCUCGUUCUUGCUGGCAUUCAUUGCACAGCGUGCGGGGGCACUCUCCAAAACCGAGGUCGCAUCCGAAGUGGCCCGGUUAAAGUUUACGACCUCGACAAGCCCUUCUUUAUCAUCGGAUGUGAAUACGCAUGCAAAAGUAUAUCCUGUAUCGCUAGCACGACCCCCGAAGGGCGCAAGUUCGCCAGCACGGACGCAUCUGUUAUGCAGGGACUCCCUGUGAGGCUAAGAGAAGAGUUUCCAGCGCGGUUGUUGCAAGGUGACGCCGAUCUGGGCCCUGGAGGCAAUGUUUGGAAUUGGCAUGCUGUUGGCGUCUCCAAAACUCUUUGGAACAUGGUGAAAGCCUGUCUUAAAGUUGGGAUGCCAAAGGACAACAUCCUUAGCAUCAUCAAUUCCGUCCAGAACCCGCCUGCUGAUGAGAAAAGGGACCAAGAUCAGGAAUAUGAUGUCGACGAUGGUGGGGUGGGUGCUGAUAUUUUCCGUAGAGAAAUUGACAGCAAUAACCAAGACGCUAUAGGCGAGUUCAGCGAUGCGUGGAAGGGAGACUCUACUGGUCCAGAACCCGGCCCAUCGACACAGAAUCAUCCCGCUAUGGCUCAACCUUCAUCAUCUACUCUUGGUAGCGCCACGCCUGACCAUCCUACUGCAUCAGCGUCCGCCUCCGUGCAGCCGCAGCCUCAGCCUCAACCUCAACCUCAGGCACAAGUACAGGCUCCGCCGCAGGUACAGCAGUUUGCUUUUGGACAACCAGGCCCGUAUGUCUCGUAUGCCUAUCCCGGGUACUCAUACUACCCCCAGCACCCCCAAAGUCAAAGUGCUCCACCUCCACCAGUUUCUCAGCCGCAUACACCAAGUGAGCAAAACGGGCUCAAGCGGGCGUAUGGCUACGGAGAGAACAGCAAUGAAGUUGCAAUCCUAGAGCCCUCGCAGAAGCGAACUCGACACUGCUGCAAGUGCGGUUCGCAGGAUUGCAAGGGUAAAGGUGGCCGCACGUUCUGUAUGAAUGCGUGUCAGGAUUGCGGGAAGAUAGACUGCAAGGGCCGGAACAGCAGGCGUCCGGACAAGGUGUGUUCGGAAGCGUGGAAUUAAGUGUACGAUGUGUGCUGGUAACGCGGGUCGUGCAAUAAGAAAUACAAUGCGAAUCACUUUCUUGAUUACUCUGGGAAGUGUGAUUGUUCUGUAUUACUCACAUUAUAUGCUACAUGCCGUUGUGUUGGUCUCUUCUUUCCCUGUAGCAUCUGCCCUCGCCUGAAAUAUAUUAUUGUUCCGGAAGAUCAUUGGAGCUGGUGAUAAGGUAGUUGGUCGACAAGUGGAUAUCAAGCGGACAGAGAUCCGCUCCCUUAGACGCGUAUCAGACUGAGCUGUAAACAUUCGCGGACAAUGCUCACCACGGCGGAAGAAAGGAAUAGUCCUUGAAGAUUACUCGUCGCCAUCGAUGACAGUCGGAAUAUAGUACGUGAGGACGCCUCCUGCGUCAGCUAUCUCGCCGAUGUAGACAUACAAGAUAGCACAGUGAUUAUGACAUAAACCUGCAUGGACAAAGAAUUAGUGAGAGG